AUGGAUGUCAGUGAAGUAGCGGAGAUGUUGAUGGCACAGGGGAAACGGGUAUCGGUGGCCGAAGCGGAUACGGCGGGCCUGAUUGGAUACCUGCUGGGCACUAUCCCCGGCAGUUCCCAGUUCUUUCCGGGGGGCGUAAUUGCCUACACCGGCGGGCUGAAACAAAGCAUACUGGGCGUUUCCGAUGAGCUCUACGUCACCAAGGGCAGCGUCUGCGAAGAAAUGGCCAUCGCCAUGGCGCGGGGCGUGCUGGAACUUACCGGCACCGACUAUGCCGUUUCGACCACCGGCGUAACCGGCCCGGGGCAAGGACGAUCGUCCUUCCCCAUCGGGACCUUCUACAUUGGGCUGGCGGACGCGAACGGCAACGACGUGGCAAUACAUGCCCAGUUUGACAGCGACCGGGACGGGAACAAGCGGGCCGCGGCGCAGGCAGCCAUUGACCUGCUAGGCGAACGGCUUCAGCAGUCGCAGGGUAAUUAG